AUGGGAAGCGCGGCCAUGGACGCCAAGAAGAAGAAGGAUGUGCCCAGCCCGGGCGGCAGCGGCAGGAGGAACCCCGGCCCGAAGAGGCGCUCGCUGCGGGUGCUCAUCCCGGACCUGAGCUCCUUUGCCAUGCCAUUCCUGGACGGAGACCUGGAGAGUUCAGAGAAGCACUCUUCUCGAAAGGCGGACAGCCCCUUCGGGUCCGGCAGCCCCUCCAAAGGCUUCUUCUCCCGAGGCCCCCCGCGCCGGCCCUCCAGCCCCGUGUCCGCCCCCGCGAGGCCCCGGACCAGCCCCGGCUCUCCCAGGACCGUGUUCCCGUUCUCCUGCCAGGAGUCGCCGCCGCGCUCCCCGCGUCGCAUGAGCCUCAGCAGCAUCUUCCGCUCCUCCUCCAAGGAGUCGCCCCCCACCUCCAGCUCGUCCACCUCGCCUGGGGGCAUCCGCUUCUUCUCCCGCUCCAGGAAAGCUUCCGGCCUCUCCUCCUCGCCAUCGACGCCCACCCAGGUGGCCAAGCAGCACUCCUUCCCCCUCGAGUCCUACAAGCAGGAGCCUGAGCGACUGGAAAACCGCAUCUAUGCCUCGUCCUCCCCGGCGGACACGGGCCAGCGCUUCUGCCUGGCCUCCCACAGCCCGGCCCGGCCCCCCGCGGCGUCCCCCACUCACUACGCUCCCUCCAGAACCGCGGCGCUGGCGGCCCCGGGACCCGCGGAAGCCGGCAUGCUGGAGAAAUUGGAGUUGGACGAAGACGCAGAAGACUCAGAAAGUGGCGUUUACAUGCGAUUCAUGAGGUCACACAAGUGUUACGACAUCGUCCCAACCAGCUCCAAGCUCGUGGUCUUCGAUACUACGUUACAGGUUAAGAAGGCCUUCUUUGCCUUAGUAGCCAAUGGUGUCCGAGCAGCGCCGCUGUGGGAAAGUAAGAAACAGAGUUUUGUAGGAAUGCUAACAAUUACAGAUUUCAUAAAUAUACUACAUAGAUAUUAUAAAUCACCCAUGGUACAGAUUUAUGAAUUAGAGGAACAUAAGAUUGAAACAUGGAGGGAGCUUUAUUUACAAGAAACAUUUAAGCCUUUAGUGAAUAUAUCUCCAGAUGCAAGCCUCUUCGAUGCUGUAAACUCGUUGAUCAAAAAUAAAAUCCACAGAUUGCCAGUUAUUGACCCUAUCAGUGGGAAUGCACUUUAUAUACUUACCCACAAAAGAAUCCUCAAGUUCCUCCAGCUUUUUCUGUCCGAUAUGCCAAAGCCCGCCUUCAUGAAGCAGAACCUGGACGCCCUGGGCAUCGGGACCUACCACAACAUCGCCUUCAUCCACCCCGACACGCCCAUCAUCAAAGCCCUCAGCGUCUUCGUGGAGCGGCGCGUGUCCGCCUUGCCCGUCGUGGACGAGUCAGGGAAAGUCGUAGAUAUUUAUUCCAAAUUUGAUGUAAUUAACCUUGCUGCUGAGAAAACAUACAAUAACCUAGAUAUCACCGUGACCCAGGCGCUUCAGCACCGUUCCCAGUAUUUCGAGGGCGUGGUCAAGUGCAGUAAGCUGGAAAUAUUGGAGACCAUUGUGGAUAGAAUAGUAAGAGCGGAGGUCCAUCGGCUGGUGGUAGUGAAUGAAGCAGAUAGCAUUGUGGGUAUUAUUUCCCUGUCAGAUAUUCUGCAAGCCCUCAUCCUCACCCCGCCAGGUGUCAAACAAAAGGAGCCGAAAACUGAAUGA